AUGAUUUCCAAGGAUUGGGGCUUGGUCCGCCGCCUAGGUCUGGGAGCCGACUGUCCUCGGCCGACCUUUGACCUCUCCGACCCUUACUGCUACAACGUCUCGUACGACUACGUCCCAAUGCACGACCCUCACCUGGCGAACCACUUCUCACAGAAACCCGCAAGAAACCGAAUGAAGCAACUAGGCUUCGUCACAAAAGACGGACGGGCAGUAUGCUCGCUGAAAGAGUUCAACCAGUAUAGAAAGUAUCUAUACAACCAAUUCAUGGAUCGCAUUCAUAUGGAAAUGAGAAAAUUGGACGAGCGCGCUCGAGACGACUUGACCCUGAAGAAAGUGGAAGCGGACGUAUCCCGGCGGCUGAGCAUGUUCACCAAGGCUGAGAGGGCCCGGGAACACAUGGAGAAGUGCUCGCAACUGCACGCGGACGAGGCUGCUGAAAAGAGAAGGCUCAUAAAACUUCAAGAAAAAAAAGUCCAGGCACGGAUGAAAUACCUGGCAGAGUUUAACGAGAAACAGCGAGUCGAGAGAGCUGCGCGUGCUUACGAGAAAGAGACAAGGAUCAGACAGAGAGUGCAGGCGGCAGCGGAAAUGGAACUCCGGCGCAAGAUCACGAUGGUGCGCCAGUGGAGGAUCAACGAGAAACGAAGACUGGCCAGGAUGAAACAAGAGAAGGAAGCGAAAGAGAGACGACUGCAAGAUGAUGCAAACAGAAAAUGGACAAAACGCGUUGAGGCCCAGAAUACGAAGAUUCAGGAGGAAGCUCUCCUCCUCAAACUGUACACUGAGGAUAUGACUGCCGCAUCUCUAAGGAGGGCUAAGAAAGCGGAGAUCUAUGCGUACAACACGGAUUUGCAACUGCAGAGAAUACGCCUUAAGAACUGGAAGGAAAUGCACGGCGGACAAGUAAAGGCUGCCAAACUUGUGAGGAAGAUGGGAGUUGAGUUCGAGAGGUCUAAACGCGGAGCCAAGGGCAUGACUCCUGAGUUCGCCCAGAAGAUGGCUCAAGAAGCAAUGUCGACGGCCGUCUCGAACAAAGGAGAUGCUCUGAUGACGCUUGGACAAGCCAGGGCUAGGAUGGACAUAGAGACGGUCUUCCCCUCAGCGCCUAUACGGCUUCUUGACCAGAUGCUGGAGACGGCAGUGGUGGAGUUUGCAAGGCGCCGUGUGCACCUGCUUCUGAGAGACGUGGAGCGUGUGGUGCGAAACCGAGCACUGCAGGUGUUCUUCAGACAUAGCCGACCAUCCACUGCGCGGAGACGGUCAAAACAACCUCGAUUCUCUAUUCAGCUUACUGCUGCGCUGGCGCAACAAUACGCUGAGGUUCGCGGUCAGUCCAUCGCUUUUGGAGACGUCGUACCAAUUGCACCAGAGGGAGAAAUGGACAAAGACAUGAAGAGUGCUAAGGAUCGCCCACCGACGCCCGUGCCUUCGAUGACCAAAUUGGCGGAGGUUACAUUCACGGACAAAGUGGAGGAUCUUCCUGAUCCUGUAACAGUUGCUGCCUACUUGCCAGAGAGAAAAAAGUUGCUAGAGAUGGUGAACACAGCUGCUAAGCUUCUAUCGCGAUCUGUGAGCCAAAGGGUGCAGAAAGGCAUGGAUCUUAAUGUUGGAAAAGUAACAUUGCCGCACCUAAGAAGUACAAUGGAAUGGGGUGAAGCAGUGGAAGGGUUGGCGGAAGGUGUGGUGAACAACCGCAUCAGCGGAGACUGUCCGGACGUGCGGCGAACUUGCGAGUUCCUGUCUCUGAGGGUCCUGCGCUACCUGCAAGCGGAGAUGAAGAAUGAAAAACAACGAAAGAAGAGCAUUGCGGCUGGAGGUACCGGAGCGUCAUUCAGCGAGGAGCCAGAACCUCAACAAGACUUCUACAUUCCCGGUUCAGCCCCACCGUUGCCAUUAGAGAUUCCAGUAGAUCAGCCUCCAGUAGAAGAAGCCGCCGCCGCCGCCCCGCCACCUCCUGAUCCCAAACCAACAAAGAAAUAAGAUAGUUGCUACAUGUUACACUUUCUUGUUUUACAGUUUUGAAUUUGGAAUUCGAAU